UGCGGUUAGUAUUAUCUGAAGUUAUACACUGUUGCAAGCUAUAAUACGAUAAUAGUUUACUUACAAGCUGACACUCAGUGUUACGCGGCAAUAUCGCCGGUGCGCAGUUACAUUGUAUUGUCAUCUGCAAUUAGUAAAGAUUAUUCAUAAUAAUCGAUCAACGAUUGUUGGAUAAUGGAAUCCUUUGAAAUAUUAUGUGGCAUUGCCGCCGUUGUUCUUGCUAUUUAUUAUUUUCUUACAUCGACUUUUGACUUUUGGAAGUCACGUGGCGUUCCCGGUCCACGACCAAUACCGGGACUUGGUAAUUUUAAAGAUGUUAUACUCAAUAAAAAAUUUGUGGGUGAUUAUGUAAAAGAAAUAUAUAACACUUACAAAAAUGAACCAUUGAUUGGGGCAUUUGCCAGGAAGACACCUAUUCUUAUUGUAAAAGAUCUAGAUUUAAUUAAGAAUAUUCUUAUCAAAGAUUUCUCCAACUUUGCUGACAGAGGAUUUCCUAAUCUUAAAAAGGUCGAGCCAUUGUCGCAACAUCUUUUCACUUUGGAGCCAAAGAGAUGGCGACCGUUAAGAAUGCGGUUGUCACCUGUUUUUACAUCCGGUAAAUUAAAGGAAAUGUUUUCUUUAAUAUCAGAAUGUGCUGAUCACCUGAUCCUGUACAUGGAAAAGAUAACAGUAGAAUGCCGCGAGUUGAUGGCCAAAUAUGCGACUGAUGUAAUCGGUACCUGUGCUUUUGGUAUCGAUAUGAACGCAUUGUCAAACGAGGACAGCGAAUUUCGCAAGAUGGGAAGGAAAAUAUUAAUUCCGACAUGGACAAAUAUAUUACGAUUAAGACUGAGAGAAUCUUUUCCGCGGCUGUACGAAAUGCUCGGUUAUAUUUUACCGCAAACAGAAAUUACCAAAUUCUUCACACGAGUCAUCGUGGAGACCAUAAAUUACAGAGAAGUGAAUAAUAUUACUAGGAAUGAUUUUAUUGAUAUGUUACGCGAAUUAAAGAAACAUCCAGAUAAAUUGGGUGAUAAUUUUGAUUUGACAGAUAGUUUACUAACUGCUCAAGCAUUCGUAUUUUUCGUUGCUGGCUUCGAAACUUCCUCGUCUACUAUUAGCCAUGCGCUUUACGAAUUAGCACUAAAUGAGAAAAUACAAAAUAGUCUACGUAAAGAAAUUAAUGAAGUCUAUGCAAAACAUGGUGACAAUUUAACAUACGAUAAUGUAAAAAAAAUGGAUUAUUUAGAUAAAGUUUUUAGAGAAACCUUACGAAAAUAUCCGCCAGUGACAUUUCUUCAGAGACAAUCUAUGUCGAGUUAUACUUUUGAUGGUACCAAAGUUAGCAUACCGAAAAAUCAACAAGUAUGGAUUCCUAUUUACGCGAUUCAGCGAGAUUCAGAUAUUUAUCCAAAGCCAGAUGUCUUUGAUCCAGAAAGAUUUUGUGAUGAUGCUGUGCAAAGUAGGCAUCCGAUGACUUAUCUACCUUUCGGGGACGGGCCAAGGAAUUGUAUUGGUGCACGUUUCGGUGUUUACCAAAGUAAAAUUGGACUUAUAAAAGCACUACGGAAUUACAAAUUUGAGAUUUGCGAGAAAACUUCAAUACCUUACGUAAACAAUCCUAAGACACUCUUAUUAACACCGAAAGACGGAUUACACUUGAGAAUAAUUAAAAUUAAUUGAACUUAAUUUAAGCUUCUCCCUAACUUUUCAUGGAAAGCAUUCGUAGUAAAAAAUGGCAGAAAUCUGACAUUUACAACAAUUAGAACUUAUAAUAAAGGUAGAUAGAAUAUGUAUUAUACAUAUACUAUUAUAAAGGUAGAUACAUAGAUAGAUACAUAAUACAUAGAAAAACUUAAGACGUAAGACUUGAGUAGUAAGUGAAUCAUACAAUCACACUACAAAUUGUAAAACCAUAAUGUGAGCAAUAGCGAAUGUAAUAUGUUGAUUUCCUAUAUUGUAACAUGUUAAUUUUCUUACUGAUUUGUACCAUUUUUCUUUUGGCUUAUUUAAAUACAAAAACACACUAAUAGGAACAGACACAGUAAUAGGAAUUCAACAUAGUUACUUAACAUAAGAAAAGUUAUAAUACAUUAUUUCAAAUGGAUUUAAUGUUCGAAUUUUGAAAUGCUAACAAUAAAAUAAUAUUUAAAAUAUACCUAAAGAACUGAUACAUUGCAGAAGAAUAUAAACUGGAAUUAAAACUGGAAUUACUUUAUCUUAAAUCAUCGUUAAAUCACGUUAUCUUUGAAGAAGUUCGUUUUAAUAAGUACUAAUCGAAAAAGUGUUCUCUAUAAUGAAAAACUGAAAAAUAAAGCCAGGAAAACACAAAUACAAUGACCAAGUAAAUAUACGUGGUAACUAUACAUUUAGCUAUAGUGCUUAUUAGAUUUGACGAAAUUAUAAGAAUUAAAGAAAUAUUUUUCCAUGAUAACGACGUUUGACUGAAAAUAAUUUUUACUUACUUUUCUAUUAUAAGAUAGAAUUAUUUAAGAGUUACACUUGGAAACAUUUCAAUUUAGAGACUUUUCUUUUUUAACUAUUUAUCCAUUUUUCUCACAAAUGAUGGUUCACGUCUUAUGUCCGUAUUCAAAGUCAGAUCUUAUAUUUAAGGAAGAAUGUUGACAUAUAAGUACGAAAAAUAAAAUAUAUAAUCAAGUUA